ACAGUGGCGAAAAAAAGAAAGUGAUUCUUUACUGACCCAGAGAAACACUAAGCCUCACACAACGCCUAACUGAGUUUAAUCCUUCUCAGACUCAGUAACACAGAGGAUUGGAGAGAUCCAGGCGUUUCCGGAUGAAACCACGAGGGUUAAGAAGAUAAAAACACAGCUCGGGACUCUCAACGAGCUGCAGAUGGAGGAGGUCGGCGUCAGCGCUCCUGCAGUGCUGCCCGGAGCCCCCCAGCCUACGUCCUGUCGAGCGUCUGCGUCCGAGCGCCGCAUGCGCAAGUCCGGCUCGGCCAACAUCUUCCAGGGUGUGAACCUGCGUCAGCUCAGACGCCUCUUCCACUCGGCGGGGGAACCGGACGCCGAACAGAAAGCCAGACAGGUCUGGAGGAACCGGAGGAGAGCUGAAGGAGACGAGGAGGACGGGGACGGAGAAGAGGUCUCGAAGGAGGAAGAGGAGGAGGGGGAUGAAGGGUUGGCGCAGGCGCUGGUGGGGCUCCGGGUGAGGGCGAGGACACGCACCGGGAUCCGGGCCGAGACCAGCAGAGGCCUCCGGGCGUUUGGACACAACAGGAUGAUCGAGCGGACGCCUUCCGAGGUCACGCCUGAUGAUGACGACGACGACGUCGUCACGGCUCGGGGAGCCUGCCUGGAACAAGCCAAGUCAUGUGACCCAGGGGAUGAGGAGGACGUGCGAGCGAUGUGGCGCCGGGACGAGAAAGAUCCAGAACGCUACCUGCACCGGAUCCGACACUGAUGGUGCAGCUUGCGAUGCCAAAACUACACAUACGACACUAAACACGAUCCACCAUCAGGGAGCGGAAACGCCAACACUACGACCGAGAGACACUACAGAGUUACUUGCGCCGGUGUGUGUGUGCGCGCGCGCGCGCGUGUUUACUGCAGAACUACAGCACGCUGCUCCUGCAGUGGGUUUAAAACAAAAAAAUCCAAUCCGACAAACAUUCACUCCUGCAUUAACGCGUUACACUGUCAGGCGCAUGCUGAUAAUCAGUUAGACACAGCGUCACAUUUAACACACGUCAUUAAAUUGUUCACGAGAUCAGUGGAUAUCACGGAACUUGUGCUAGUGUGACUUUGGACAAAUGGAAGGCAGCAACACUAUGGGGGGGAAUGGUAGAGAGAGAGAGAGAGAGAGAGAGAUUGGUAAAGAGAAGGAGGAGGGGAGAGAGAGGGAGAGAUUGGUAAAGAAAGGGAGGAUGGAAGAGAGAGAGGUAAAGAGAGGGAGGAUGGAAGGAGGGGAGAGAGAGGGAGAGAUUGGUAAAGAGAGGGAAGAUGGAAGAGAGAGAGGGAAGGUGGAAGGAGGAGGGAUUGGUAAAGAGAGAUUGGUAAAGAGAGGGAGAAUGGAAGGAGGAGAGAGAGAGAGAUUGGUAAAGAGAGGGAGAAUGGAAGGAGGGGAGAGGGAGAGAUUGGUAAAGAGAGGGAGAAUGGAAGGAGGGGAGAGGGAGAGAUUGGUAA